AUGGCUGAGGAGUCUCCCGAUCCUCAACCUCACUCCCCCGCUUCUUCUUCCUCCUCCGAUCCCACUCUCGCCCGCAGCGGAUCCUUCAGCCUCCUCAGCGCCCGCGCUCCCAAGUUUGACAUCACCCCCCGGGCCUCCUCCUCUCGCCGCCCCGAUCUCCACCCUCCGCCCCACCACCGCCUCUCCAUCCCGCCGCCUCCGCCUCCCGCCGCCCUCCACCACGUCGAUCCCCUCAUCCCUAACUCUCUCUUCCACUUGCUCCCGAUGCAGGACCAUUUCCCCCAUCCCCACGCUCUCGCUGUCCAGUAUCACCACCACCGGCCCCCGCCUCAUCAUCCUCACAAUCAGCACCGCGGUGCACAUCAAGACGCGAUCAUGCUUGAGGGACGCGGUGAUCAGCCUAAUCUAAGACACACGCAGAUCCAAGCUCCGGCAGAGCAGGAUGAAGGUGCCUGCUCAAAAAACGGCCUCUCCGACGAAGCCGUGCAGAAGGUUCUCAAUCAGGUGGAGUAUUAUUUCAGUGAUAUACACCUGGCUACCACUGACCACCUGAUGAGGUUCAUCAGCAAUGAUCCUGAAGGAUAUGUACCAAUAGCUGUUGUCGCUUCCUUCAAGAAGAUCAAAGCCCUCAUUACCAGCAAUUCCCAGCUUUCUUCUAUUUUGCAGAACUCGUCAAAACUUGUAGUUAGUGAAGAUGGGAAGAAAGUUAAACGGCGGUAUCCUUUGAUUGACUCAGACGUGGAGGAGCUGCAAUCACGAGUCGUCAUUGGAGAAAACCUACCAGAAGAUCAUUGCCACCAGAACCUUAUGAAACUUUUCUCUGCAGUUGGGAGUCCGAAGGCAAUUCGUAUCCGUCAACCUCAAGCUUCCUAUGGUGGAGCUUCUUCAGCACUCAGAUCAGGAAAGGCUGAUGGAAUGCAUUAUACUAACAAGUUGCAUGCUUUUGUGGAAUAUGAAUCCGCUGAUGUAGCCGAGAAAGCAGUGAGUACUCCAUCUAUCAAUAAGGUGCAUCAUAAUGUAUAA